CAGGGACGCAGACUCAUGUCGUCGGGCUUUUAGUCACAUUCAGCGUCCUUAUAGCGCUCCACAUCUCUGACCCUGUGUGUAAAACCUAAAGAUGGCGACACUAAAAGCAUUUUGCAGAGCAGAAAGUAUCCUCUUCAGAAACCUCGGAGGUGACCGCAGAGCCAGAUUAAACUGGGCCGGCCUCCAGCUCAAUAAGACUUGUGGUUGCUACUUCUCCACCUCCAGCCUGAGAGGGUCACAGUUUUACUCAGAUCCAACAGAGGCAGUAAAGGAUAUUCCAGAUGGAUCCACUGUUCUGGUUGGAGGCUUUGGGUUAUGCGGUAUACCGGAAAAUCUGAUCAACAGUUUGCUGAAGACUGGCGUAAAGGGCCUUACUGCAGUCAGUAACAAUGCAGGAGUGGAUAACUUUGGCCUGGGCCUAUUGCUGCAAACCAAGCAGAUCAAAAGGAUGAUUUCCUCAUACGUUGGAGAGAAUGCCGAGUUUGAGAGGCAGUAUUUGUCCGGAGAGCUGGAAGUGGAGCUUACGCCACAGGGGACUCUUGCAGAGAGAAUCAGGGCAGGAGGUGCUGGUGUUCCAGCCUUCUUCACACCCACCGGUUAUGGUACUCUGAUCCAAGAGGGAGGCUCUCCUAUUAAGUACAACAAAGAUGGCAGCAUUGCAAUCGCUAGCGAAGCGAGAGAGGUGCGGGAGUUCAAUGGCAGACACUAUAUUAUGGAAAAGGCUAUCACUGGGGAUUUUGCCCUGAUCAAGGCAUGGAAAGCUGACAAGGCAGGGAACAUUGUUUUUAGGAAGACAGCCAGAAACUUCAACCAACCCAUGUGCAAGGCAGCCAAAACCACCAUUGUUGAGGUGGAGGAGGUGGUGGAUGUUGGAACAUUUGCUGCAGAGGACAUACACAUACCCAGCAUCUAUGUCCACAGGAUUGUUCAGGGAGGCGGCUAUGAGAAAAGAAUUGAGAAACGCACUGUGAGGAAAAGCCAAGAAGAAAAACCCAAACCAAAGAAGGAUUCAGACAUUGUUCGGGAAAGGAUCAUUCGCAGGGCAGCGCUGGAGUUUGAAGAUGGGAUGUAUGCUAACCUGGGUAUUGGUAUCCCUAUGCUGGCCAGUAACUUCAUCAAGCCAGACAUCACUGUACACCUACAAAGUGAAAAUGGACUUUUGGGACUGGGACCCUACCCCACUGAAAAUGAAGUGGAUGCAGACCUGAUUAAUGCCGGGAAGGAGACUGUCACUGUACUCCCUGGCGCCGCCUAUUUUUCCAGUGAUGAGUCAUUUGCCAUGAUCCGAGGGGGUCACAUCAACCUGACAAUGCUGGGAGCCAUGCAGGUGUCAAAACAUGGAGACUUAGCCAACUGGAUGAUACCGGGUAAAAUGGUUAAGGGGAUGGGAGGAGCCAUGGAUCUAGUGGCUAGUGCUGGAACCAAAGUGGUGGUCACCAUGGAGCACUCUGCUAAGGGAGGGAAACACAAGAUUUUGGAGAAGUGCAGCCUUCCUUUGACUGGAAAGCAGUGUGUGGAUCGAAUCAUUACGGAAAAGGCUGUGUUUGAUGUGGAUAAAGUAAAAGGUCUAACUCUGAUUGAACUAUGGGAGGGACUAACUCCUGAGGACAUCAAGGCAUGCACCGGCACAGAUUUUGAGGUGUCUCCCACCUUGAAGCCCAUGCAGCAGAUUUAAAGGUGUUUCAAGUGGAUACAAAGUUUUUUUGGUUUAAUUUACUAUGUGCUAACCAGCUGUCCAUCAAACAUGAUGGCCUGUGUCAAAUAAGGUUGCAUACACUCGUCUGGUUCAGUUACCGUAAUGAGUGUUCAAAUAUCAGGAAUUACUCAUCAUCACUGACUCAGGAACAGGAUUCAACUGAAGUGCAUGAUUUUUAUCAUGAAUGUCUCACUGUUGGGGCGUAAUAACUUAUCAUUUACGUGUGCAGUUGCAAUCAAACGUCCAUUUUAAACGCUUUGGAAAUGGAAAAAAGGCAGCAUUAUAUUGAACAUGGCGGCCGCAUAGGAAUUGGAUCACACUUACUGUAAGAUCAAUGCUUUGAUUGUAAUAGAAAACGAUUAAAAAUGCAAAGCCAAACGGUUUCAGAUUGUAUUUUAGAUCUGUAAAUUUGUCUUUUGUGAAUGAACAAAGGCUUUAUAUACUACUCAUCCACUGUUUGAUCCCUUUUUCAAUUAUUCCAUUUGGAGAAUGAGAGAGAUUUCAUAAAGUGGUUUAAAAUUACAUGAUAGUUGAAGAAAUCUCUUGUAUGGAAUCUGAUUUUUUUUAUUUCUCUGUAACUUCUGCAAUGCAAUUAGAAAAGAAGCCUUAAUGUUUUAACAAAUAUCCGUUUGUACAUAAGGUGAAAUAAAACAUGCUGUGGUGAUUUAACAUACAA